AUGAAGGUGGCUGCUUUAUCGCCGCAUAUCUGCUCGACUUGGCUACCGAUAAAGAGGAUAAUCGAUUUUCGAACUCCGUAUAUAUGCAAUCACUGGCUGGCUAUCCGCCAGCGCUCUGACACUCGAUUCCCUGGUCUGGAGAUGGCGAAAUCGCAGACAGACUUACGCGUAGACGUUAGAAAGUGUGUGGCUACGCGUCAUGGGGUCGAAAAGUGUGGAGGAUCAAUUGAACGAAAGUUGGACGAAUUGUUGGGAGAAACUUGCAAGGCGAGACCCGACAGGAAGCACUACACUUCGAUGUCUCGCCUCAAGUCACCAGAAGAGAUGAGAUUUCACGUUUUCAGCCAUGGGCAAUAUCCUACCCGCCUGACCGAUUCAGAUCGCAUUAUGAUCGACAAUCAAAUUGCAACUCUCACUAAGGAGAACGCCAAGCUCUGCGACGAGUUACAGGCGAUGCGCCGGAACGAGACGGACUUGGACGAGGGUGUGCGUGAGGUACGAGGCUUCCUUCUGCGGGCGGAAGAAGACAAAAAGCGGCUUGCACAGAGAAUUGAGAAGCUUGUUGCAAAUGAGAGAGUGCUCGUGAUGGAGAUUGAGCGCCUCAAGCGCCGAGGGCCCAACGGAACAGGGCGGCCACCGAUUCAGAAGAAGACAAGUCAGUUGGAUGAGCACAUCCUCGGUUUGGAGCAGGACCGGGAUUACUGGAAGGGCCAAGUGGAACUCCUCAGUCAAAUGCUCGCCUGCCCGGGUGUGGUUGGCCAAAAGCACGUCCUAAAACACACCAGCAGAUCCCUGUCAGCAAGGCUGAAUCGACCCGGCACUAAUAAGGCUCGCAGAGAUGACCGAAAAGACAAAAUUGCCGAUGACACAAGAGAUCUGCCGGAGACACAAACGGACUCAAAACAGCAGAGCGGUCUGCAAAGGAAUCGAUCUUCCACAGGACAAUCAUCGCUUCCGCGAUCCCGCAGUCUUCCACGCGAUGAGCUAUGCGGAGACGCACUGGAGAACCAGAGGUUGCGACUUGAACGCGAUGAACUCCAAAUGACGCUUAACCGCUUCGAAACGCGCAUUCAAGAGAUCCAAGGAAGCGUGCAAAUUCUAACAAAGGAACGUGACGAUCUACAGAAGCUGUAUUCUGACGCAAAGAACGAGAUUCAUCGUCUCCACCACGACCUCUAUGACGUGCAGAACUCAGCCUCUCGACGAGACGUAAAUCAGGAGGCUGUCAGUCGAUAUCAGGCGGAGCUGGAGAGAGCGCAACACGAGAUUCAGCGUCUGACGGCUGAGCGAGAUUGCCUGGCCAACAAAUACAAGAAGGUGACGGAAAUGGAAAGUGUGGACAAGCAAAGACACAACAAACAGAUGGAUUACAUGGAAAAGGCGUUAUGCGAGGCGACAAGCGAGCGUGACGAGGUGAUGGGACGCAUUUCCCAGCUCAAACGACGCCUCGAAGAACUCCAGUGCAACCAGGUGCAAAUCGAAAAACGACUCACUGAGAAAAACGAGAAGCUGAAGAAAUGCAGUGAAGAGACGAAUAACCUUCGGCUGGAGUUGGAUGCGCGUCAGAAGGACUUGGGAGAGACAGAGACCAAAUUGAUGGCAUCACGUCAGCGAAACACCGAACUGGAGGCAGCGUGUAGUCGAACCGAGGCGAUGGCCAAUGACACGUCUAGACGGCUGCAGUUGGGGCGUGAGGAGAUCGCACACCUCCAAGACCAGCUCGUGGAGACCUCGAAUGAGCGCGACAAACUACAGUUGGAAUUGGACGACCUCGUGAGGACAACGACCCAACUCCAAAAAAACAACAAGUACCUCGAGAAGAAGUAUGUGGCCACAGUGAGCGAACGCGACGAAGUGAACACCAACUGCAAUCGACUUGCCGCUGAAGUCAAAGACUUGGAACAGAAGCUGAGAGCCUACGAGGCCGACGCUUCCUCCUGGAAGUCUAAAUUCCAGCUCGAGAGGUCAGCCAAUGAGGGUUUAGCUGAACGAUGCUCAAUUGCCGAGCGUCGAGCCGAGGAAGUCGAAUUUCGCGCGCAGGGGUUAGCCAAUGAGCUGCGAGAGAGCCAGGAUGCCCGGUUCCAAUUGGAACGCCAGGUAAAGUCGCUGACCGACAGCGAAGACAGGCUGAAGUCAAACACAGAUCGUCUGGUUGAGGAGAAUGCCGCACUUCGGUCCAAUAUCGAUUUGGCGAGCAAAGACAAGGUGAAGUUGGAGGCCUGUAUUGAAGAUCUGACGGCAGCCAAUCGGCAACUUGUUCGCGAUCGUGAUGAAGUCGCUCACCGUUACUCAUUGGCUCGUGAGAGAAUCGCCGAACUUGAAGCUGAUCAGCGCUCUCUUGAGGCCGAAGUAAAACGCGGAGCUGAGGCCCUAAAUAAUGACCGCCAGGCCCUCACGGAGCUGAGAAAGCAGCAGGAGGCAACGAGACAGCGAUGCGAGGAACUGGAGGGCGAGCUAAUGGACGCACUGAACAAGCACCGCAAUGUUGAAGAACGUCUGCACCAAACGGAGCUGCGCGCGAGUCAACUGGAGCGCGAACUUCGAUUGGAGCACGACGACUACCUACAGGUCAGAUCGCGACUGGAGGCCACAGAAGAACAGAGGGACGCACAGGAUGCGAACAGGAAGGUAAUUUUGCAGCGUGUUUCUGAACUGGAAGCCCAGGUGACCUCCCAAAUGAAGGAGUUGAAGGAGACGAGAAAUGCUCUUGAAGAGGAAUCUCGCAUCCUAGCACGGAAGGAGGAACAAUUAAUGACAAGUCUCGCGUCUGAGCAGUCGCUGAAGAGCGAAAUAGCCGCGGCGCAAAGUAGCCUUCGUGAGUGCAGGAGAGCGACCGAUUUGGCGGAAAAGGAGAAUAUUCGACUGCGAGAAGAACUUUCGGGCAUGGUGAGGGAUAUUCAACGAUUGGAGGCUGUGUACCGGGAGACCAUGGAUGAACGCGACGAUCUCAAACAACGCGUGGAAGACUACCUGGGUGAAAUCAGUCGCCACGAGCGCCUGCUCGGGGAGAGGGUACGCGAGAGGGACCUGCUGGGGGAACAGCUGCGCACCGCGAACGAGGACGCGGACAUCUGGCGGUCGCGCUGGGAGAAGGCCGAAGCGAGUGCGUCGGCGGCGCGCCUCGAAUGCGACGAAAAGGAGCUCGAACUGACGCGCAGUGUGGACGCCCUCGAAGCUCGUGAACGGGAACUCGCGCAGUGCAAGGCCAACUUAGCCAAGAUGGAGGCGCUGAACCAGACUCUGUCCAAACAAGCUACGGAGGAGGGCGAGACGGCCAGGAUUGCGCGGGCAGAAAUCGAUGCGUUGUCCUCGGAGAUCUCCCGGCUGCGUGAGUCCCUCGCACGAGCGGAAACCGCGCGCUCAGCAAAGGAGCGUGAAGUGAUCAACAACCGCCUCGAAGUUGACGAGGCCCGAUCGAGGCUGCAGGAGCUUCAGGCUGCCCUCCAACACGCGAAUGAAACCAUUGCUGCGGAGAGAGAGAGUGCACGGGCCGCGCAUCUCCUGCUUCAGUCGUCCAGGGAGAAGGAGCACGCUUCGAGCCUGGAGGCACAGGAAAGAACGAAUGAGGUGAUUUUGUUGAGAGAACGAGCGGUCAUGGCCGAGGAGAGAGUGGACGCACACCAACGCGAGGCCGCGAGACUGUACGAACGUCUUGCCGAGACGGAAAAAGAGGCCUCUCGCCUUUCACGAAGCCUGUCGACAGAGCGAUUUGAGAGGGAACGAAUGUCGGCGGACAUGCGCUCCGGCGGGGGAACGUACCGACAAUCCGGCUACUCGUGA